CCCUAGUUAGCUAAAAGCUACCUAGGUAUGUACCUACCUAGGUCGGUUCCAACUUAGCGCUCGGAGAAUGUACCGAGGCUGACAAAGAUAAGAUUGGUACCCGUGGACCUCGCGUUGCCGUGUCCAUGUUUCCAUGUUAUUACUAAGUUACCUGGUUACCAAACUGCUACCAAACCCAAUCGUUUCCCGCUUGAUAUUUUAAUUAGUUAUAGUUUAUAUACUUCACUAGGUUACAUAGGUAGAAGAGUGCGAUAUGGCCGAUCCCAAACUGUCAAAGAUACCGGCCUGGCAGCAUGCACAGUACGAGAAGGAAAAGAGUGCGCCGGAAAAUAGCAACUCUCAGGAUGUCGAUACGGCAGAAGUCACCCUCGACCAAGCCCGAAAGUUUCUGAAGGACGAGACGGUUCAGAACUCAAGCAUAGACAAGAAAAGGGAAUUCCUCAAGGGCAAGGGACUUGACGACGCUCAAAUCCAACAAUUGCUAGAUGAAGUUGAGCAGGAGGCACAGGCUCCGAGUCCACCCACGACUAACGAAUCCAACGCCGAGGCAAAUGGGAAACAGGCCGCGGAGGAAAGUAGAGAUGUCGAGAAGUUUACCCAGGCAGCUUCAUCGUCAACGAGCAACCUAACACCAAUCAUAACCUAUCCCGAAUUCCUAACCACCGCGCCUAAACCCGAACCUCUCAUCACACCCUCUCGUCUCGCCAACAUCCUCACCGUCUCCGGCAGCAUAUGGGCGCUACUCUACGGCACCGCACGCUUCGCCAUCAACCCCAUGAUCGGCAACCUGAACGAUGCGCGGGCCGACUACUACGCGCACGUAAGCGAGAAGCUAGGGCAGCUGGUGGAGAAGCUCGAGGACACCGUCAGCGAAGUCCCGUACCACAACGGCAAGCUGUUGAAGUCGAGGCUGGACGAGGGCACAUACGCAGACGACGAGAGCACCUUCAGCGACCCCACCGAGCUCUUCCACCGCGACAUCGGCACGCAGACGUCGCCGGUCAUGAUGAACCGGGAGUUCGGGUCCAGCACCAACAGCCUCGCCGACAAGCCCAUCGACUCCCAGGCCCGCCGCCUGACCGCCCUCCGCGCCUCUCUGCGCGAGAUAAGCGACAUGCACGUGCGCCACGCCGAAGGCGCCGCCGACCUCAACUCCCUCCUGCGCGAAGUCCGCGACGAAGUCGACAAGAUAGGCCUUCCGCCCAUGAUGGACUUCUCCUCGAUCCACGGCGGCCUGGGCUACGGCCGCAGCACGGAGCCCCCCGACGAGGUGAAGAAGACCAAGGAUGCGAUCCGCAGCGUCAAGGGCAUGUUCCUGAGCUCGAGAAGCUUCCCUACCACCACCUCGACGCGAUAGGAGAAGAGAGCCGCCGUCUUAGAUUUGUGCGAUGGUCUGGCUGCGCUCAAGCUGUAUCUCUCAAAGUAGAUACUCGCAGCCGGACUCUGCUACAAGAUAUCAAAACCCUAGAAGUUGGUGAUGACGAUGAUGAGGUACGCGUCCGGAUUGUCGGCGCCAGUUGCCGUGCCUCCGAGUGAAACGCAUCAUAGUAGAAUCAUAUUCCUCGAACACUGCUCAAGUAGCCCCUAUUUAGAGCUGGGGCUAUGGGCACACGGUACUAGAGGAACGAAAUGCCAUGUCUAGUUCGGCGAGGUCGUGGUCGUGACCUUGGCGGAUUGCGAUGGCGAUAUAAUAUAUAAUGAGAAUGUGGAGUCAAUUGUUAUGAUGGUGAACUUACUUUGGGGAUUGGUGUUGAAUACCGUUAGGGUAUGGUUGCAUGGGAAUGGUUCUCUACUUCUUGGCCUGUAUGCAGUAUGGAUAGGGAGUAGAGUGCCUUAGUUCUAUUAAAAAUAAGUAAUGAAUUACCAAUCUAUGCCCCCAGUGCUAUUUCGAUAUCACGCUACCUGUCAGUGAAAAAAGGGGCUACGUCUUCACUUGCUAGUAGUACUCUUCGUGGGUUUGGCAAAGCAUACACAAUAAUAUCAAUAGGGGAGAAGCAUUUAUAGAAG